UUGCUUAAGUCUUUAUUGCACAAAACUGCAGUUGGACCAGUAAAAGCUUUAAACGAUAAGAGUGACUUGAUCAACAUAUUAACCUUGAUCUGUUCCAAUGUAUUAGUUGAGCUAAUUUAUCAUUAUUUUGCAUACAGGACUGAAAGUACUUUGGAGGCUUGUCAUUUUUUAUAGUAGCAUCAAAAGUAGACUGUUGAAAAUAAUCCAUAAUUUUCCAUUCUCUGGCCAUUUGGAGUUAAUGUACAGAAAGCUAUAUUGCAAAAGUCACAAGAGAUCUCAAUCAGCAAAGACGUCACAAAGAAAUCUUUCUCCCUAGUCCUUCCUGCUCAAUAUAAGCCUGAUCUCUUGAAAUGAAGACUUUGCAGAAGUUUAGUCUCUUCUUCAGUUUUUUAAUGCCUUUGGUGAAGUUAGCACCACCUAAUCCACAAACCUCAACCCUGUCUUCUGACGAUGAAGAUGCAAUACUCAAGCAACGUUAUGAAAACAUUAUGAAAGGAUUUCGGGAAGAUUAUGAAGACAAACCGGGUGCAGAAAAUAAUGAGGAAUACGGUGGCAUGAUGGUCUUCCAAUCAACUGAAUAUGACCUGCAGGCAGAUGAAAUGGCGCCAAACGAAGGAUCAACAAAUUUUACAGAAAUGGCUACUUGUCUGGUGUGUACUUGUAUAAGUGGCUCAGUUUAUUGUGAAGAAACGACUAUUGAAAGCAUCCCAGCUCUCCCAAAGGGAACAGGAUAUAUUUAUGCACGUUUCAACCUCAUCAAAAAGGUGAAAGCUUCCGAUUUUGCAGAACUUCCUGCCCUAAGAAGAAUUGAUUUGACUGGAAAUGUGAUUCAAGAAAUUGAAGAUGGGGCCUUUGCAAAGCUGCUGUUAUUAGAAGAACUUUCUCUUGCUGAUAAUUUGCUUUUAAAGCUUCCAGUUUUGCCUCCCAAGCUAACUACAUUUAAUGCAAAUAAUAACAGAAUUAAAAGCAGAGGAAUUAAAGCAAAUGCUUUCAAGAAGCUGACCAAUUUGUCAUAUCUCUACCUAGCAAAAAAUUCACUGGAGGCUGUUCCUCCUAACUUGCCAGAGAGCCUGCGCAUUCUGCAUCUUCAGUGGAACAACAUCACCAGCAUCACAGAUGAAACCUUCUGCAAAGCAAACAAUCAGACCCGUUAUGUUCGUCAACGCAUGGAUGAGAUAAGAAUGGACGGCAACCCAGUCAUCUUGGGAAAAUACCCCAAUGCUUUUACCUGUUUGAAAACGUUGCCUGUAGGUUCAUACUUUUAAUUGCUAACAAAAUUUAAAAAGUUAAAUAGUAGGUAAGGAUUACCAUUAUAUCACUGUUUAAAUAUGCCUUUCUAUGUUAAUAUCUUCCCACAUAUAUUCAGAACUGUUAGCAGUUAGAAAAUAUUUAGUUCUACCUUUACUGGGUGAAAUUGCACCAUAUGAUUUAAUAAGCCUGAGCCUUUUUUAUUUUUAAUACUUAAAUACAAAGCCAGUAAAGUAUUCUUUAUUCGAAAGGAGCCAACCCAUUUUUCAAAUGAA